AUGACGUCGCCGUGUUUCCGGGCUUCCAUCCUCUGGGGGUCAGAGGUUACUGGCGGGCAUUGACACCGAGCGGCGGCGGGCGGGCAGGCAGGCUCAGUGUCGGCGGCAGCAGCAGCAGCGGGCAGCACACUCAGGGUUUAAACAAAUCCAAAAGAAUAGGAACUCCAAAAGGACCUGAAGUCUUCCCAAAGUCGGAUCUGUUUGUCUCCUGUUGGUUUGUAAAACGCCGGGGUAACUCUCGCUUUCGCCUUUUUAUCUUUCCUGAUCACGUCGCACUCCGGCCUUGCUUUCAUCAUACUGCAAACUCUUUCGGCAUCUUCUGGGAACUGAUCCAUGUUUUGUCGCCACGCCCCAAACCCAUAGUCAGUUGGGAGUGAAAGACGUCAAGUGGAUCCUAGAAAGCCUCUUGCCUCUGGGCUUCCCGCUGAUUAGAGAGGACAAACAAACCCGCCAUGACACUUAGACAAGAGGUGCCCCAUAUUUUCUUGCUUCCUGUCUACUUGCUGAUGUGGCUGUAUACAACCCUCACCUUUGUCCCAUGGUAUUUCCUCUCUGAUGCAAAGAAUAAAAAGGCCAUGGCAAAACGAAUCAAGGCAAAGGCCACGUCCGACAAGCCCGGCAGCCCAUUCCGCUCCGUGGACCACUUUGACUCGCUUGCCAGUGUGGACUUCCCUGGAUUGGAUACACUGGACAAGCUGUUUGACGCUGCUGUGAAGAAGUUUCCGGAACAUGAUUGUCUGGGUACACGGGAGAGGCUGAGCGAAGAAAACGAAGUCCAGGCCAACGGCAAAGUGUUUAAAAAGCUAAUUCUAGGGGAAUAUAGAUGGCUAAGUUAUGAAGACGUCGGUCAACGUGUGAACUCCUUUGGCAGAGGUCUCUCUGCCCUGGGACUGAAGCCAAAGGAUAAGAUUGCCAUCUUCUGUGAAACCAGGGCUGAGUGGAUGAUUGCAGCACAAGCCUGCUUCAAGUUUAAUUUUCCACUUGUGACAAUUUAUGCCACCCUUGGAGAAGAUGCUGUCACUUAUGGACUGAAUGAAUGUGAAGUGACUCAUCUUGUCACCAGCAUGGAGCUGCUGGACACCAAGCUGAAGAGUGUGUUACCAAAAAUUCGCCAUCUAAAGCACAUCAUUUAUGUGGACAAGAAGACUAUCAAUACUUCCGGAUAUCCUGAUACUCUUCAGAUUCACAAUAUGGCUGCUGUGGAAGAGAUGGGAGCCAAGUCAGAGACUUCGGAGAAAGCUUCUUCCAGGCCUGCCCCAUCUGACUUGGCAGUGGUCAUGUACACGAGUGGUUCGACAGGCCGGCCAAAGGGAGUGAUGAUGAUUCACAGUAACUUAAUAGCGGGCAUGACGGGCCAAUGUCAGAGAAUACCCGAGCUGGGACCCAAAGAUACGUAUAUUGGAUAUCUGCCAUUAGCUCAUGUGUUGGAGCUUACUGCAGAAAUCUCUUGUGUUGCUUAUGGCUGUCGAAUUGGUUAUUCAUCCCCACAGACACUCUCUGAUCAGUCAACUAAAAUCAAGAAGGGCAGUAAAGGGGAUUGUACUGUCCUGAAGCCAACACUGAUGGCAGCGGUCCCGGAAAUCAUGGACCGAAUUUAUAAGAACCUCAUGAGCAAGGUGCAGGAAAUGAACUAUUUGCAGAGAACCUUGUUCAAACUAGGUUAUGAUUACAAGUUGGAGCAGAUCCAAAGGGGUUAUGAUGCACCACUUUGCAACCUGGUUUUAUUUAAGAAAGUGAAAGCCCUGUUGGGAGGAAACGUGCGAAUGAUGCUGUCUGGAGGUGCUCCCCUGUCUUCUCAAACCCAGAGGUUCAUGAACGUGUGCUUUUGCUGUCCCGUGGGCCAAGGUUAUGGCUUGACAGAAACAUGUGGGGCUGGCUCCAUCACCGAGGUGUCAGACUACAGCACAGGCAGAGUUGGAGCUCCACUUAUCUGCUGUGAAAUCAAACUGAGAGACUGGGAAGAAGGGGGGUAUACCACUCAUGACCAGCCAAAUUCAAGAGGAGAGAUUCUGAUCGGUGGGCCAAAUGUGGCGGAGGGGUACUUCAAAGGAAAUUCCACCAAUGAUGACUUUUUUGAGGACAGCAGUGGGCAGCGUUGGUUUUGCACUGGUGAUGUGGGUGAAUUCCACUCGGAUGGCUGCCUGCAAAUCAUUGAUCGAAAGAAAGACUUGGUAAAGCUACAAGCUGGAGAAUAUGUAUCUUUGGGCAAAGUUGAAUCUGCCUUGAAGAGCUGUUCCCUCAUUGACAAUAUAUGUGCGUAUGCAAACAGCGAGCAAUCCUACGUGAUCAGUUUUGUGGUGCCCAACCAGAAGAAACUGACAGCUCUGGCGGAGCAGAAACGCGUUCAGGGAACCUGGGAGGAUAUUUGUAACGACAGCAAGAUGGAGGCGGAGGUGCUUCGGGAGAUCAAAGAGGCAUCGGCGUCCAGUAAACUGGAGAAGUUUGAAGUCCCCAUCAAGGUGCGUUUGAGCCCAGAGCCGUGGACGCCUGAAACAGGGCUGGUAACGGACGCCUUCAAGCUAAAACGGAAGGAACUAAAGAACCACUACCUCAAUGAUAUUGAGAGGAUGUAUGGAGGGAAGUAGGCCCUCCAAACGCCUGGAUUAUACUUUUCUGGUGCCUGCCGAGUAGUGUACCUAUAAUUUAAAAGCCAGUGAAUGAAUGACUCACUUUAAACAUUAAUUGAACCAAAAGGACAAUGCUGUAGUUAAUUGUUACUCCCCAAUGUAUUCAGUCUGACCAAGCAAGGUUGUACCAGGUUGUACCUGCCUCUUCUGCUGGUUGGUGAUCAUUGUCCUUUUGCGUGUUGGCUUUUGAACCUUUUUAUUUAUUACAUUCUCGUGCUUGUCGUUAAAUAAGGACCACUGAUUAUACCAUGUGUGCUGGAGGUGGAGGCAAGUUUUGAGUUGAUUAUUGGUGUAAAUAUUUUUUUUUGGGGUGAAAACAAAACUUCAAUCGUUUCCUUUUAAACAUUCUCAAAGACGGACAACACACUUUUUUUCGACUGCAUCUUGGAUCUCCUGAAGUCCCCGAGUUAGAUGAAGUCACCAGGUUUUAUUUUGAUGUGAUGUUUGCACUAUAACUAUCUUGUGAAUGUAUAAAGCUUUACUGAAGAAGGAUUUUACUUAGAACUACAAAAAAAAACUGCUAUACAUACCAGUCAAUAAACAGAGAGAUUUUUUUUUUAAUAGGACCCAGAUAAACGUUUAUUCAAACAGUGAACAGCUUUAGUUGCCUUCAUGAUAUUUCUGCUGGUGUAGUUUACAACGCUGCAAUAACCCGAUACCCACUGACCUUCCUUCAUCUGGCAGAUUGUGCCCCAACUAACAUCCUGUGUUCUUGCACCACAAGAUUCCGUCCGGUCCACAGAAACCAUUGCUGGAUGUUUUUGCACGUAACUUUUUUGAAUACAUAGGUCGCCUAGCUACAAAACACGGUGUUGCCAUCUGAUGCCGUCUCUGGAUUCAUGCAUUACUUAACGCCUAACCUUUGUUCAGUUAUGUUACUUGAGCCACAUGAUUGUUUAUUUUAUAAAUGUGAUUUGCACCAACUCAUUACCAGUUUAAAAAAAAAAAAAACCCUAUUAAAAGAAAAUGAGCAGAUUAGCAGAACCUGGCUGGCUGGUAGUUUGACACUGGUAGACACUGAGAAAGCUGCAUGUGCGCGCCGUGCUUUCCCCACCCCCCCUCUUCAUACAGCCUGCUUCCCGAUCUUCAGUUCCCACUUGAAGAAGCCACUGCCAUCCAUGGAGCAUUAUCUGAGAACAAGUCAUCCCUUAGGAAACACCCCUACGUCAAGUGGUUAACAUAGAAACAUAGACAUAGAAAUUAGGUGCA